UGCGUUAGAGGUGACACUGGUGCUGGAAUUCAGAAUCUACUGCUGUUUGACUGGUGACAAAUCACGGAGCCGUUAUAACGCCGUAAUGCAGUAUCAUAACGAUUACAGCAUGAUGCAUUAUUAAAGACAGUCCGACGGGUGAAGAGUUAACGUUAUGCUGCUUCACUGCUCACUACACAACCUACACUGUUCAGCAUCGGGUAUACAGCUGAAACCAACUCUGCGGUCUUCAUCCGACUUGCUCUAUGUGAUACAUCCAGAAACCCUGGAACGAGUCCUAUCCUUUGCGCGUGAGGUGACUUUUAUUCCUAGACUGGACAAAUAUAUUCCAGCAGUCGAGGAUGAAGAAAAUUAGUCAAAGCACCUGACAACGCGACAUGGACGUCAUCUGGAGCUCGUCAAGUGUGUGUGCGCGCGUGUGUGUGUGUGCGUGUGUGUGAGCAUGAUCUUGUUGGAGAAACCUAUAAAGUUGACGGACUUGCUUUAUAUUUGGUUAAUUGCGCCAGUAUGGAGCGGAUGAAGGAGCGCGCAUGAAGCUAUUUGGAGUCUGUGAGAUCUACAAGAAGAAACAGAAGCAUCGAGGAGAAAUAUGGCUCGUCUCUUCUGUCUGAUUAACUCUGUCGCGCUGUUGCUUUUUGGCACUGAUAUGUUUUUGGUCGGAGCAAAUCGCCCACCUGCUCCAGUCAACGUGUCCGUCAUGAAUCUGAGAGCUGAUUCAGCCACAGUGACCUGGGAGGUUCCAGAGGGGGACAUCAUUAUUGGCUUCUCAGUUCUACAGCAGAAGCAGGAUGGCCACAUGCAGCGGUUUAUCCGGGAGGUAAACACCACCAGCAGAGCCUGUGUGCUUUGGGACCUGGAGGAGGAGACAGACUACAUAGUCCAGGUUCAGUCUAUUGGACUGUAUGGAGAAAGUCAGGCCAGCAAGCGUAUCCAUUUCAAAACCCUGAAAAAGUCAGACCGCUUCCCGUCUAACAGCUCAAACCAAGAUGAUCCAACUGUUGAGGGUCUUGACAAAUCGAGAAACCUGCAAACAGGAGAGAUGAUCAUCAUUGUGGUGGUGCUGCUUAUGUGGGCAGCGGUCAUCGCACUCUUCUGCCGGCAGUAUGACAUCAUCAAGGACAACGAUAACAGUAACAGCAAAGAGAAGGUCAAGCCGUUGUCUGAGAGGAGCACACCAGAGCACCAUAGUGGAGGACUGCUCAGGAGCAAAUUUCAUCAGUCUGUGGCAUCUAUCAACAUCAUAGAGGUCUAAUGGGACAAGUGAAGAUGUCUGCUCUUCUAACUGUCAACAUGAUGCUACUAUACAGUACAUUGCUGUAAACCUUCUCCACCACAGAGUCAGGAAACAAUCCAUUAAUCACACUGGCUGCCACUGAAGCUUGAACUUUUCAUCCCACAACUAUGAGGGUGCACACUAGAUGUUUCUAAAGCAGUCCAUUCUUGUAUGGCAGCUGUAUGUAAAGUGACAUACAGCUGUAUUAAGAGAGCUCAUUCCCUGGUUUCAUGUUCAUUCAGUGUGAUUGCAGUGCACACCUUUCAUUCAAGGAUCAUGGGACUACAAUGGAUUGUAUUUUUGAUGUGGUCCAGUAAAAGGCUACUGUAGAACAAGGGGUUUAUGGUUCCAGGUGUGUGUGUGUGUGUGUGUUUGCGUCCUGUCAUAGACUCUGAAGCCUGUUGAACGAAGCCAAGUGUACACUCUGGGACAUAAUACAAGCAAGCUUUUGUGUUGUUGUGGCCAAAAAUGGAGAAGCUCAAAGAGAGGCUCAGCACAUGUGAACAUGUUCACAUGACAAGUUUUCUUAUUUUCUGUGAGAAAAUACUUACACAGUAGAAAGAACAGAAGGCCGUGUCACUGUUGGAUAUCUGAUCAUUACAACUUGAAAAAAAAAAUGCUUUGUUUGCACUUUAUGUAUGUUUGAAUUUUUGGGUAACAUUUGACAUUAAAGAUGCCCAUACUGUAACUAGCAUCAUUUUAGCUUUAGUUAACAUCAUAAAAAUAACAUUAAUACACAAUAAACUAAUGUCAAAUAUGUAAUUAAUGCCUUUUUUUAAAACAAAUACAUGAACUGAAUUUAGUCGACUAUCUUUAGUAUAAUGCUGGAAUGUCAUUUAUGGUCAUUUUUGUGGACUUGUUAUAUUAUUUUUUUUAGUCCAGAGAUAUUGCAGGUGUAUUUAGUUAAAAAAUAAAAAAACACACAUCAUUAACAUUUUAUUUUAAGGAGCACACAUUACCAUUUAAUUAUAGGCAUGUAUUUUAUUCAGCCGAAACCCCAAGUUUGUCACUUGUAAAUGGUUUAUUCACUAAGAAUUAGACUUUAUUCAUUUACACAUGUGUUGGUUAAUAAAUGGUGAGCUGUUAUGUAUAAAACAAGCAAACAAAAAACAUUAUUAAUUGUGAUAUUGUGCAAUAAAUGAUUUGUUAAAAGCUCUGUGAUGUCAAUUAUCAAGCAUGAAUUAAUCCUCUAAAUUCAUCUCGUAUUAGUUUGGAACUGGUGACGUGUUAUAACACAGAUUACAGAGAGCAACAGUGACCUGCUUUGGGGACAUUAGAGAAAAAAAAUCACUAAUUCUAGGGUUUAUUUAGUGUAGAGUUUUAAUAGCUAAAAAAAAAAUGACAGAAGGAUUUUGAGUCUCGUAUUAAAAAAAGUAUAGUAUACUUGUAAAUACUGUAUUGGUACAUGGUGUUUAAAAUAUAGAGCUUGACAUAAGCAGUAUCUGAAUUUUAUUUUAAGGAAUUCAGAUUGUAUAGGAAUGUAUA